GCAGCUCCUGUCCCUCAUGUCUCUUUGUGGGGAGCAACAAUACACUACCCGCAGCAUCACUGGAGAAGAUCCAUAGCUCCAGGGGAGGAAAAUUCCCGGGAACUCCACGUAACUCCAGUGACCAACUCGUGCCGGAGUAGAAAUGGGCAAAAGUCCCAAAUUAGACAGCGGAACUUGAUAAGCUGGACUGAAACAAGAAGUCACUUCUUAGUUGAGAGCGACACCCAAAUGGACCGGACUGCUUGAAAAAAGGUCAAGUCUUCUUUGAGCUCCUGGCAAAGUACUUAUUUGGUAGAUAUUGUAGAAAAACUGAACUGAAACGAACAAUAUAGGCUAUUUUCAUUAUCGUUAUCUCUCCCUUAAGCGCUUUCCAAAUGCUAUGAAAUGGAGACUCUCUUUAAAGAACGUCUCGAAUGGUCCCGGCAGUGCUUUUGAUUCAAUAGCCAGGCAUUUAUCUUAAUUCUCCAGCUCUUUCAGAGAGUCUGUAUUAAAGAAUGUGUUGAUAUAACUCUUAGGGGAGAAGAGGGGAAUGUCGUUUUAUGAAGUCUGUUUGUAAAUCUUUACAGCUGCUUGUAGGAGUCAGAGCCAUUUCACCAUGACGGAAAGGUAAACAAAUCUGAACUGUUGAGUGAGGUUUUAGAGGGCAGGAGCCAUGUUCACAGGGGAAAAUGUGGUCAGUGGUCACUUCCUCACUGGAGGUGCGUUCAAGCCCCAUCAAGGACUGGAAGUGAACACAUCGAUUCAAAUGGAGAAUGGGCAACGUUUUGGGAACUUUCCUCCUUUCCAGGAUCAGAUCUACAACAAUGCCAGCGUACCCCAAUUGGAAAACAAUGUUAUUACGACCACAUUUAAACCAACACCUGUAGUUGUGCCUCCCGCUGCACUCAAACUGGGGAAGGAAGGCUUCAAAAAAGUCUGCCGAACUGAGGAACACAGCCCCUGUCCAUUCCCUGGACUGCCCACAGGCGUUCUAGAGAUGCGCGUGAAAGAGGGGAGUAAAAUCCGCAACUUGAUGGGCUUCGCGAUGGCACGGAUGCAAGGUGAAAAAGGAUUCUGUGGUGCUGGUGAAGGUGGGCUCAGACAGGUGGUCUUCACUGGUUCAGGCCGCGCUGUCACCAAGACCAUCACGUGUGCCGAGAUCAUGAAGCGCAAAGUGGGCUCGCUGCACCAGCUGACCAAGCUCCAAUACAAGGUGGUAAAGGAGGUGUGGGAGAAUACAGAAGGGGGCACGUCAGAGAUGACCGUCCACAGGACGGUGCCCUCGAUCAGCAUCCUGCUCUCCAAAGACCCACUGGACCCUCAGGAGGCAGGCUACCAACCACCAGAGACUCUUGGCGCACUGUGGGAGAACAAAGAUGGGGGCACCACACCGUCCACUUUCAAGAGACCUCCAGAAACUUUACCGUUUGACAGUUUGCCGUACUGUAAGCGUGCUUGCUCGGGCGAGGGGGUCUCUUAGACACAUCUUGCGCACUGACUAGAUGUCAAACAGCAGAGUUCAUUUGACACUGCCCUCCACUCGAGCACAACGCCGAGACAAUCAGAACAGUCAGUGGAACAGAACAGCGCUUUCUCACAAGAAUUAACUACAAAUUGCAGCCUGACCGGGAUGUUAAGAUCCUGCCUUCGGUACUUACAUCUGUGAGAAUUGUAUCGAUGCACCUGCUCUAAAACAGUAAAGCCAAUUUAUUUACUUUAAAGACUAAAAAAAAAAAGGAGGGGAACUGCCUCAAGACUCAUAGGGUUUCCUUGAUUGUUUGUUUCAUGCUGAGAUUACAAAGAAAAGCAGCUGAAAACUAGACUUGACAAAUGCAAAUCAUGCCAUUUGCCUUUUUUAUUUGUAGCGUUGCCUAUUAUUUUCUCCACUAAGCUAUUUUGGCUGUGUUGAAUAAAUAUAAAAGUUGAAACUGCCAGAGGAUUAUUUAUUUUAAAACUUGCCACUUUUAUCUUUACUAACUAAUUGAACCUCAGAAAUCCAUUAUUUUAAAUCUUAUUUUGGACUCUAGCAGACUACAAAUUGUCAUUCACAUGGCAUUUGCUUUCCAAAGCAUACAACCUCAACACAAUACGAGACCUUUUACAGUUUUCUACAAUGCGUCACUGUUGAUGCGCAUCAAAUAAAGUAAACGUGCACGUUUGUGCGUCUGCAUGUGUGAGGGGGGAAAAAAAACUAACAAACUGUAAACCCACUGGCAACAAAUGCAUAUCAUGCCCAAUUUUGUUUGCGCCAGUAUUAAAUGCCAUAUUCUUCUGGAUGCUAUUUUCACUGUGUUGGAUUAAUAUCAUCAUGAGAAUCAUAACAUACAGUAGGUCAAGCUUACUAUAGGAUAUCCAUUUUAAAAUGGUUUAUUAUAGCCUACAUCUUAAUGCUUUAAUUAUGAUUAAUUACAAAAGUAAAACACGCUAUUUUUUUUAAAUUGCAGUUAGCAUUCCAAGUAAGGUGCAACCCUUGUCACUGUUUUCACAGUUCCUGUUACAACUGAUUAUGCUGACUGACAUCCAAACAUAGAGGCAAGUUUAUAAAAUAAAUAAAUGAAUAAAUAACAAAAAAACACUAAAGACGUUUAUUACAUUCCAGUUGAGGUCAAAUGCAACAUUAAACACAUAUAUCAGACCGUUACACAUAUGUUAAUUUUCCGACUGUACCUGCUAGCUUAAUGCUAAUAUAGAGCGUAAUACACUAUUCAAGCUAAUGAAAAUUAGCAUCAAUUCACCCUAUUUAACGUUCAAAAGAAUAAAUAUUACCACACAAACAAACUUCACCACUCACAGGCAUAUGCUUUUUGUACACUGACAAAAACAAGUUAUUAAGUUAUAUCAACCAGAGAAAGAAGAGUUUUUUUCACUAAUGUAACAAAUCAGGCACUUCUCUGCAAAGUGCUGCCUCCCAGUGGCCAAGAGGCGCAGAAACUCAAGGCUGCCAUUUGUAUAGAUAAACUGCAAAUUUAUGGGAAUUUCAUAUUCUUUUUAAAAAUAUAUACACCUCCUAAAAAGACCCUAAAUUGUGAUCCAUAGUUUUUAUUAUUAUUAUUUUUAUUUUAUUUUUUUUAACUACUUAGUAAUUCUGUUUUUGGAGGGUAAAAACGUCCUGCAAUGGUACUUUAUUUAUGUAACUUACUUCUAAAAUUUGGUCAGGAAUAUUUUAUGAUUAUUUUUCAUCUGAUUAAUUGUAUUUGUUAAGCGUUAAUAAUAAUUAUGCCUGAGUAUAUUUGAUUCAAUCGUUUACAAAAAUCUAUUUCAAUUUUCAAAAAAUAGUUUUUUGGGGGGGACAUGUGAUUAAAAUGUGAUUAAUCAAAAAUAUGAAGUUGCUAAUUAAUUCAUUUUUUUAUUUUUCACAAUUACCAACACUAAUAUAAACACAUGCCAUGACUGAAUUAUAAUUUGGACAACUGGCUGACCACAGUUUGUCCACCAGAAGAUGUUUUUUUUCAUAAAGCAAAAUGCAACAUCGAUUACUUUUCUACAACGGGAGCUUGCUUUUGAAAUAAAUGUGCUUCACUAUUUAUUCAUUUAUGUCAAAAGAGUGUGUAAGUGUGCCUGUAUGAGUGUGAGUGAGUGUGGUUGUAUGAUAAACAACUAAAAGCCACUGAUGACAAAAGCAAAUCACUCCACUGUGCAUUUUUAUUUGUCUCAGUAUUAAAUGUUAUUUCCGCCCCUUAUGGAAAACGCUGUGCUGUAUUUAUCUCCACUCGGCUGAAUGUGCAAAGCCAUGAUUGAAAAGAAAACCGGCGUGCCGAUUCUUUCUGAUAAGAGCGACGGCGGUAAACUUUUUGGACGUGGCAUGAAAAAAAGCUGAUUUAAUGACAAAGCUGUUGAUAAGGCACGGCUCCCCAACCCGCCCCAGCCUGGCAGAGGAGCCUGGGGGUUGGUGGGGGUGCAGAAAUACAGGCAGCGAUUAUCAUUAAGAUAACAACAUAACAUCG